CUUUGAAAAUCAAAAUACUUAAAGAUCAUCAAAAUACAAAAUCAACACAACCCCAUGAUUACAAAAAGCUCAAAAUCUAAACCAAGCUCAACAGCAAUGGAUCCUGUAAUAUGGAGCAAGUUACCCCAAGAACUACUCGAACACAUACUGUGUUUUUUGCCUCUUAAAACGUUUCUGAGCUUAAGGUCAACGUGUAAGCAUUUCAAUUCCCUUGUAUUCUCUCCUACUUUCAUUACCAAACACAGUUCUGGUUCUGGUUUAUGUUCAUUUUUGUUGCUUUCACACCAACAGUUUUACAGUCAUUUCCCUUUGUACGACACCAUUAUUGGGUCAUGGCGUGAUUUAGCACUACCUUUCUCUUUGUUUCCUCCUUUUGGUUCUUCACAAUUCAAUCUUAUUUCAUCGUCUAAUGGUCUUUUAUGUUUUGCCCUACCAAGUUGUUGUUCUUUUUUAGUAUGUAACAUGUUAGCCAAAUCAUCAAGGGUUAUUGAACUCCCUUUUUUCCCAUUUUCAUUCGAGCUCCUCACUCUAGUUUCAACCCCAAAAGGGUACAAAAUCUUCACCCUUUGUACCAAAUUCUCUUCCAAUCGAGCCUUCGUGUACGACUCGGUGGUCCAUUCUUGGACCGAACACGAUGGUUAUCAACCACUUUUAUUCGAAAAUUUCCAUCAGGAAGGUGCGUUCUACGAUGGGUCUUUAUGUUUCACCACACCGGAGCCAUUUUCAGUGGUGUGUUUCGACUUGGGAACUGGCAAAUGGGGGAAUCUCAACGUUGAAAUGCCGAGGGAACUAACGUUUGUGAGGCUAGUGAGUGGUGUUAGUGAUAGGAAAAAGUUGUAUAUGUUGGGUGGUGUUGGGAGGAAUGGGAUUUCAAGGAGUAUGAGAUUGUGGGAAUUAAAAGAAGGAAAGAAAUGGGAAGAAAUAGAGAGAUUGCCUGAAUUGAUGUGUAGGAAAUUUGUGUCUGUUUGUUACCAUAACUAUGAACAUGUGUAUUGCUUUUGGCACCGUGGGAUGAUUUGUGUUUGUUGUCAUACUUGGCCGGAGAUUUUGUAUUAUAAGGUUGAGAGGAGGAGUUGGCAUUGGUUACCAAAGUGUCCUUGGUUGCCUGACAAAUGGAGUUGUGGGUUUAGGUGGUUCUCUUUUGUUCCUCAACUACAUGCUUUGGCUUGAUUAACCUGUUGUUUUCUUUAAUGUUGUUAUUGUCUUUCUUGUUUGCCAAACAAUGAAAAUGAAAUUUGUUGUAUUGUUAA